AUGUUUACUGAAGUUUUGGCUCUCUGUAAUAGCACCUUAGCACUUAUGAUAAUGCUUUGUUCUUUCUGUAGAUCAUUUACAUAAAAAAUAAUCAGAAAAGAUAUUUUUUUUACUUUACUACAAAAUAUGUUUACAAAAACAUAUAUCAACAUGCUAAAAAAUUGUAAUAUUUAACAGUAAAAUGAAGAGAUUUAAGAAAAAGAUAUGGCUUAAGGUUCCCAAAUUUAAAAAAUACAAAGUGCAAAUUAAGAAGGAGAAGAAGUUGAUAAAACUUAAAGCGAAGAAAAAAUGGAAACAGAAAGUAAAAAUGAUAUUUCAAUUCCACAGUUUUAAUCAAAGUUUAGUUAGCAGCUAACACAUGACCUCGUAAGUUAAAAAAUAGGGCCACAUAUUAAAGAAAAUAAAGAAGACAUUGUGAAAUUGUCUAACAUUUAUAAACAAUCUAAUAGAGAGGAAGUAGAAUUUAAGAAAUACGAUAAUUUACAUGAUUUAACAUUAGAUGAAAGUUUGUAGAUGCUAAAUGAAAAACAAUUGUCAUUACAACUAGAAGAUUAAUUAUUUUCAACAAAAAUAUUUAAAAGAAAGUCUUAGCUUGAAAAUAAAGGAGUAAAAAAGUAAAUGCUUAAAAAAAUUGAAUAACAAAUUGAUGAUAGUUUAGAUUUCUUUAAAUUUUUUAAAGAAAUUUUAUUUUUAAAGAAGGCUGCUUUAAUUUUACUUAGCAAAGAAUAACUUGCUGCAAUUCAAUUAGUUGGAUUAGACAUCAACGAUAUAUAAUCAAAGAGUGAAGGUGAUUGUAUGAAUCAUCUAAAAGAGUAAUAUGAAAUAUUACAAUCAACUGAAUUGUGCUAAGACACUGAUCACAUAAAAAGGUUUGUACCAAAUAAUUGUGAAGAAGAAUAAAAAAUAAAUGACUUUAUCAAUCAUUCUAACUAUUUUUUAAAUGUUAAGAUAAAAACUUCUCAAUUUAAUACAACUUAAUAGGAAAUUUAAGAUUAAUAUAGAAGCUAGCUAUCUAUAAGUACCACAAGUUUUACACAAAUAACAGACUUUAAAAUUUAAAAUCAAAUAACUUCAGUCAAGAAAGGUUUAUUUAUUCAAUCAGAAUAAACAUUUACAUCACCAAUUUCAUAUACAACUUAAACAUUAAAUUACAACCGUUAAUAGCUUAUUUAAGAUUCUGGUUCUCAAUUUCUUAGCUAUGUUUAUUUUGAGAUUGAUGAAAAUAUAACAUAUUUUCACAUAUAAUAUCCAAUGUUUACUGAAAUUUUGGCUCUCUGCAAUAGUACUUUAGCACUAAUGAUAUUAAUAUGCUCGUUUUGCAGAUAAUUUUCAAAAAAAAUAAUCAGAAAGGAUAUUUUUUUCACUUUACUACAAAAUAUGUUUACAAAAACAUAUAUCAACCUUCUAAAGAAAAGUAAUAUAAAUUAAUAAAAUCAGUAGAUUUAAGAAAAAGAACUGGAUUAAGAUCAGUAAAUUGAAAAAAUUCGAAGUGAAAAAUAAUAAGGAGAAGGAGAAGCUGAUGAACAACAAGAUGAAGAUUCUAACAAUGAAGAAAAAAAUGAGACAGAAAGCAAAAAUGAUAUUUUGAUUCCACAAUUUUAAUCAAAGUUUAGUUAGCAACUAAUAAAUAAUCUAAAAAGUUAAAAAAUUGGGUAAAAAAUAUAACAAAAUAAAGAAGAUAAUAUUAAAUUGUCAAACUAUCAAAUACAACCUAAUAGUGAAGAAAUAGAAAUAAAGAAAUAAGAAAACAUAUCUGACAUAACAUAUUAAUAGUCAUUAAAUUUUUAAAAUUCAAGUUAUUAAGACUAAACUCCAAAUCUUAUAAGAUUCGAUUCUUAUUAAAAACAGUCAUAAUUCUAUUAAUUAGAUGUAAAAGAAAAUUCAAUUUAGGUUAAUUCUUCUACUUUCAAAUAAAAUAAAAUAAAAUAAAAAAUAAUAGGAUAACCAAAUAAAUUUUCAUUUAAGUAAAGAUAAAAUAUAAGUAUGUUAGCAUCAAAUUAGUAGGUAGAUGAGAGUUUAUAAAUGCUAAACGAAAAAAAGUUAUCAUUACAACUAGAAGAGGAACUAUUUUCUACAAAAAUACUUAAAAGAAGAGCUAUGUUUGAAAAUAAAGGGUUAAAUAAAUAAAUACUUACAAAAAUAGAAUAGAAAAUUGAUGAUAGUUUAGAUUACUUUAAAAUUUUGAAAGAAAUUUUAUUUUUAAAAAAGGCUGCUCUUGUUUUAUUGAGCAAAGAAUAACUUGCUGCAAUUUAAUUAGUUGGAUUAGAUAUUGAAGAUAUAGAGCCAAAGAAUCAUAAAAUAGUAAAUGGUGAAUAUUAUUGUAUGAAUCAUAUAAAAGAGUAAUUUGAAAUAUUACAGUCAACUGAAUUGUAAAGCUAAUAUAUCAAGCUAUUUUUAAAAAAAUGCUAAAAUGAAUUAGCUAUAGAUCCUAUUGAUAAGAGGAUAUUAUCUUCACUAAUAAUAAAUAAUGAAAAUUGA